ACAAGCACGUGUGCUGUGCCUGUUAAAUGCUCUCAUCUGCCAGUGUAAAGCUGAGGGGGCGUGGAUAAGGGCUUGUGUUACCUGCCCUAGACUUUCACCUGCAAAGAAAUGGGAAGAAUUUAACAAACCUGCAGCAGCAGUGCAUGAGCUCUGGAACUUAAAACCAUCUGCAUUCCAGCAGAGAGAGAGAAGAAGGCGGAACUUUAUACUCACGACAGGUUCACCUGAAAACACUGGACUCGCUCCUCCUCGAAAAACACAGAGUUUGCAACCCUCAAUCUUCAAAACCUUUGGCUUUCAACCCUGAGAACGAGACAGCAAAGCAUCCUUCGGCUGCAUCUGAACGCUGACUAUGGCUCUCAGGUUUCUGAAAAACUCAUUGGAGAAGACACGUUGGAGAAAUAGAAACGGCGUGUUUACCUGCACAGGUGGGAUGGAGUGGCCGAUGUGAGGUGGAUUUUCUUCACCGAAUGGACACCAUGAUCAGACCCCUACGACUGUGGAUCUUUAACGUGCUCCUGUGUUUCGGCAUCAUAUAUUCCAGACUUGGGGCUCUUUCCUCUGUGGUGGCCCUCGGUGCCAACAUCAUCUGCAAUAAGAUCCCCGGUCUCGCCCCCCGCCAGCGUGCCAUCUGUCAGAGUAGACCUGAUGCCAUCAUCGUGAUCGGAGAGGGGGCACAGCUGGGCAUCAACGAAUGCCAGUACCAGUUCCGAUAUGGCCGCUGGAACUGUUCAGCGCUGGGUGAACGCACAGUCUUCGGGCAAGAGCUGCGAGUAGGCAGCAGGGAGGCGGCAUUCACCUACGCCAUCACCGCCGCUGGGGUCGCCCAUGCCGUGACAGCCGCAUGCAGCCAGGGCAACAUGAGCCACUGCGGCUGCGACCGGGAAAAACAGGGCUACUACAAUCAGGAGGAGGGAUGGAAGUGGGGCGGGUGCUCUGCUGACAUCAAAUACGGCAUCGAGUUCUCGCGGAAGUUUGUGGAUGCCCGCGAGAUUAAGAAAAAUGCUCGGCGAUUGAUGAACCUUCACAAUAAUGAAGCCGGACGAAAGGUACUCGAGGAGCGAAUGAAGCUGGAAUGUAAAUGUCACGGCGUGUCGGGCUCCUGCACCACCAAAACGUGUUGGACGACCCUACCGAAAUUCCGUGAGAUCGGCUACGUACUGAAGGACAAGUACAACAAAGCGGUUCACGUAGAGGUGGUCCGAGCCACGCGACUACGGCAGCCCACCUUCCUCAAGGUGAAGAAGGCACACGGAUACCAAAAGCCCUUUGAAUCAGACUUGGUCUUCAUUGAGCGCUCGCCGAACUAUUGCGAAGAGGACGCCAAAACUGGCAGCGUAGGGACGCAAGGGCGACUGUGCAACCGAACGUCGCCUCACACGGACGGUUGCGACCUCAUGUGCUGUGGGCGGGGCUACAACACACACCAGUACACGAAGGUGUGGCAAUGCAACUGCAAAUUCCAAUGGUGCUGCUUCGUGAAAUGCAACACGUGUAGCGAGCGAACGGAGGUGUUUACCUGCAAAUGAACAAACGUUUUCUGGGCGUAAUGCAGGUCGACGAGGUUCAAUAGGACGGGGAAGUGAAAUGGACAGGAAGAAUGGGAAUUUUAAUCUAUCAGCUCUUUAAGGCGUCGUUUUGCACAGCAGAAUGUAUAUUUGCUUUAACACAGAGUUAAAAUACUAAACUCUAUCGGUAGGUACAAGCCCAGUUUUCGACCAGAGGAACAUGCACUGAUUUAUCCACACUGACUCAAGUGCAACGUUCGGAAUAGCAUACUAGUACACUACUCAUACUAUUUCCGCCAUGUCUACCAGAGAUAGUAAGAGUUGUGUGCUAGUAUGCUAUUCCGAACAUUGCUAAACUAACGGGCUGCAGGAUAUCAGCCGUGCCCCCGGUGCAUUCUGGGAUUUGUAGUGUUUUUCAAGGGAAGCUCUUUAAAGGACUCAAAUGAGGUUCUUCGGAUAUGGAUAUCUUGACAGAACUUCUUGGAAAAGCAAAUUAAGCCACAAGACGUCGUGUCAUCUAAAAUGCCGUGUUUAAGAGCGAAAAGGAACUAGACAUGUUGACUUUUAUUUAAGAAGGAGCUCUGAAAACAGUGCGAACUGCAAAUUAAGGACGUAUAUGCCUCCUAAAUGCCAACUGGAACCUGGUAGAGUAUGUUAGUUAUCCAGUCACACUGGAGCUUGUCUGUUUGAACACUGAAAAUAAAUUAUUAUAUAUUGUAUGUUAUAGUCUCCUAAGGAACCGAAGUGCUAACGGGUAGAAAUUAUGUCUUAUUUUGUACUAAGUGUAAAAAAAAGAGAAAAAGACUGAAGGGCCCAGAUGUUUUGAACGAAUUGUUUGUGAUUUUUCUGCAAAGGCUAAUGAUGUGUUAACUUCCGAAACCACUGUAAUUUCUUUUCUUGGUCAGCUGAUACAUGUUAACAUGGGAUUAUCUUUGCUGUAAUCCAGCCGUAGUUCACAAUAGAAAUUUUGGUCACUUUUUUCCAAUUUAGCAAUUUUCAAUCAAGAAUCCUUCCUCAAUUCAUUAAAUGUGGAACGAAUAUAUAUCUGGAUAUGUUACAGAGUGCUGCACUGAUUUUUCUUUCUAUUCAGAUACAAAGUAAUUAAAACUAAAAUAAAUAUAAAUUUGACUGACAUUUGGGAUGUUAUUGCAGUUGAUAUAACUUUCUGCAUCUAAGAGUAAAUGGAUUUGCUUUGGGAUCCAUCCUUGGACAUCAAGUGGAAACCCAACUUGGGAUGCACCGAUAUAAACAUUUCUGACUGAUGCCGUUACCGAUUUUAACAAAGAAAAAACGCUAUGUUGCCACUUAUCUCAUUUUGUAAAAAUGUACAAAGAGGUACAAAAGCUUUUGUUCUAACAAUAAAUAGUUUCCAUUGAACAUGCAUUGGAUCUGUUGAACACACGAAAGGCCGAACCUUUAAAGAGAGACAAUGAAAGAUAAAUAGAUGAUAAAAACAUACAAAAAUAUUGAAAAAUAUCUAAAUAUCAUAGCAUGAUGCUUGAUGUGACAAAAAGGUUAUUUUGUACUUCUAAUAUAUUUUUGCACUUCUGUUUUUGCAGCUCAAAACUACAGAACCGUUUGUACUGUUUAUAAUAGACCAUCACAAAUUCAUGUUUUGCAUAUGUUGGGCAAUUCCAUGGAAAUGUCAAUUACAUCAUGGAAAAAUAAAAGUUUUAACCAAAGGAACAAAACCUCCUUUUAAAUUCUGUAGUGGUGUAACGGAUAAUGGAAAAUACUGUCCAGACCGUUAGAGGGCGCCGCUUGCUUACACAAUGCUGAGUGAAGUGCAGAUUGGGGACGCAAUUUUUGACCUUAUUGUGAUUUCAAUCUUAAUUCAAUCAAUCGUGCCAAUUAAUGGACACCAUACCAAUGUCUCAGAAGUCAAAGUCAAGCGUUUUGGAUGGUUUAUGUCAUCAUGUAUAGGUAAGUGAUGCUUUCACAACCGUUACGCCUGUAACAACGGUUUUUCUUCAUUAAUGUCAUGACAUGUUCUGAGUAGUGCCAGCCCU